AUGCAUCGGCAAACUGAUGUUGUGCCACCGUUGAAGUCUGGUGUGUCAGCGCAACAUCCUUUUACCAGGCAGUCUAUGUCCGACUCAAUGGAUCAUAUUGUUGAGACGUAUCUGAUUUCAUCGCAUCAUCAGCAAACCCGUUUCCUUCAAGUUAGUUUGCAGCGGCUGUUGAGUAAGUAUCAGAGUGUCCUGCGACCUUACAGAACACAUGUUGCAGCCAACUUCUGGCCAGUUGCCGGACAACUGGAUUACGCGCACUAUCUGACGGUCGAUUCCCUCAUAUCGUCCAAGCAAUUGUGGACUCAGACUCCAUGUGAAGAAUCGUCGAGGAGCAAUCUUGGUUCAGUCAGUUCGAAGACGGUCUCAAAGAUGUGGCCAGCCACGAAGCAUGAGUGUUUAUCGACCGGUCAAGGAAUGACGUUAUUGCAUGCAUCUUUGCCAUCGCACACGAAAUGCACUGAGGAGAGACUUCCGAGCAGCUCACAACCCCAGAUGCAACAAACGAUAGAUAACACCAAUAGGUUUCCGAUGACAGCAAGACGACUACGCGAAUGGCCUUUCAAGACUCGCCCGCCUCAUCGAUACAAGGAUGCUGUUCAUAUGGAAGCCUGCGCUCUGAAUUGUAUCACCCAUUCAAAGACAUUGCCAAACCGCGUCGUACCGAAUGUACCCAGUUGUGCUUGUUUGGAGAAAAUUCCGAAUCUUCUUGGGGACUACGUCUGCCGGCUUUGUGGAGUGUUGUUCCGAGACGCCUACACACUGGCUGGUCAUCGCUGUCCGCAUAUUGCACAUAUGGAUUACCGAUGUCCUGAAUGCUCCAAGAUAUUUAACUGUCCUGCCAAUUUGGCGAGUCACCGACGUUGGCACAAACCGAGGGACACAUUGAAUUCAGCAGAGGUACACUCAGUCAAACAGCAAAGUGGUAUCACUAAGCCGAAAUUCGGACUGUUCUGCAGAAAGCGGCUAAUAGAUUUGGCAAACAGUUCAGCUGCGAUGCCAACUAAGUCUCUGAGCUUGACCGAACAUUCGGUGGAAACGGGUCGUACCAUUCCUGUGGGACCUCCGGAUGAUGAUACCAUAAACAGUCGACGAUUAGAUAGCGUUUACGGGCGUAAUGCAACCAAGCAACCGCAACAUUGCAGAGAACACGCAUUCAGCGUGCGAACUAUACUGGGUUGGCAUGACGAAGAUUCUGGCAACAACCAGACGACAGCCAAUGCGAUGGAACGCUGUCCACUGCACCUCCCUCAAGGUCCUAACCAAGUGCUUGAUAAAGUCCCACUGAUCCAUUCUUCCUUAUUUGAACCUCGGAAAAGCACCUGUCAGCGUUGCCACGCCACUUUCAAUAACCAAAACUCUUUCGAAGCUCAUAUGCUUCAUCACGUGAUUGAGCAAGCACGUGUUCAUUCAGAUGCUUUGCUUGAAAACGACUAA